AUGUUUGGGGAAGCAGUAGUCAACGCCCUGUCUAACAUCGCCGCGCCCAUGGUUAAUCAAAGUGAUCUGCCAUUUCGCUUGCUCGUUCGGCGGUACAAGACAAGCCUGGUAUACACACAAAUGCUCUUGCCGGAGAAGAUCCUGAACGAUAGGGACUAUUUGGACUUUCAUCUGCGCGGCCUCGGCGAACCCGAAGACCAGCCGGUCGUAGUACAGCUCUGCGGGAACGACCCUGAAAUGGUCAUGCAGGCCGCCCGGAAAUUACAGACACGUUGUGAUGCGAUAGAUCUAAAUCUCGGAUGCCCUCAGGAAGCGGCGCGCGACGCGCACUACGGAGCCUAUCUCCUCGGGCAGAAAGACUGGCCCCUCAUUGAGGGCAUCGUAUCAACCAUGUCCAACUCGCUUACUGUACCCGUGUCCGCGAAGUUGCGUCUCUGCCAACCUGCCUCCGCGACCAUGCAUCUUGCUCAGCGGCUCGAGCAUGCCGGGGCCUCGUGGAUCGCCCUCCACGCGCGGACGUAUCUGCGAGGCGGCGCCGACAGGGAAGCACUGUCGGUGCCGGUAGUGAGCAACGGAAACGUUCGAACAUGGGAGGACGUGGAGAAGAACCGCGCAUAUACCGGCGCGGAUGGUGUUAUGGUGGGGGAAACUCUUCUUGGCAAUCCUUGUCUCUUUGCGAACACUAUCCCUGAUCCGGUCUCUAUUUCGCGCGAGUACAUUGAUAUAUGCAGAGAACAUCCGGGUACUGCUACCAUGCAGACAAUACAGACGCAUGUAAGGCAUUUCAUCGAUCACCAGUGCGGCCGGAGACCUUGGUUCAACAAGUUCCGGGCUGCCUUGGCUCGCUGUCAGACCCCAGACGACAUCGAAGAUUUGCUCAAGAAGGUGCAAAAAUGGCGGGGACGGUCUGUGUCGUCCGAGUCCCCGACUGACACCGAGAAAGACGACGAGAUGGGGCGCAAGCUCCUCCCGAAGAGAUCCUCGAGUCUAUGUCGCCAUUGCAGUAGCGAUAUGGCGGAAGCUACCCCGACCCUAGCGCUGAAGUGUACUGAUUAUCAUCUCUCCGAGAGCGGCCCAACUUCCUCACAUGUCGAGCUGCGUGUGCCUUACGGAGUAUUCCAAGCAUAG